CUGCACAUGAAGAGUGGAGUGGUCCGGUGGGGCAGUCUUCACUGUCCCCUCCCUAUUUCCCUCUGCAAACUAAACUGCCACUCUCUACUCCAUCUUUUCUCUAUUCGCCAUUAUCAGAUUCUCUUCUUCAUCCCCCCAACACUGAAACCCACAGAUUCCGCCAUUGCCGCCACUAAAUGGAGUGUUACGAGAGAAUAGAAAAGCCCAACACUUGCACUACUCAUCUACAGUUGUCCCCGAAGAAACUGCGGAGUAUGCUUCUUGGGACUCAGAAAAGGAGGAAACCCCAAGCGGAAGAGGAAGAAGAAGAAGAAGAUGAUGACCCGGAGCUUGGUGUAUCUUUGAGAUCCGAAUCUGAGAUCCAUGAAUCUGAGGCUGGUUCGGAGAAUUGCAAAGAUGUGGCUGUUGUAAGGGAGUGGGAAUUUGGUUCAUCGGUUGCCUCGGAAAUGGUUAAGGAUAGAUUGAAGGACCAAUCACUGGUGACUUCGAGGUUUCGGUCUCAAGAUCCGAAUUGUGAUGGUGGGCUUGAUGGAAUGAUCACAACAUCAUCAUCACCUUUCGAGUUUCAGAAGGCGGAGAGGGCACAGAGAGUUCCCGUUGCGCCUUUUUCGAAACCCGCCCCGUCCAAAUGGGAUGAUGCACAGAAGUGGAUAGCGAGCCCGACAUCCAACCGGCCAAGAUCUCAAGGCGGGCAAGGGGUGGGCCCACGAAAGACUAGUCAUUUUGGACAUGGCAACCUGCAGGUGUCCACGAAACACGUCUCUGAGGUCUCUGAUCGGCGAGUGGUUCACUCUGAGGAGCCUGCUGAUACGAAAUUGGUGGAUUCGAGCCACGCUAAGGACAAUGCGGUACAAAAGUAUUUGAGUUGGGAGUCUGAAUCACACCCGGUUGCUGAAUCUUAUGGAAAGGCGACGCUCAUGAUUGAAAACUGUACUGAAGAAUCAGCAAUAAAUUUGAGCCGCCAUGACUCGUGUGUUUCUAUCCAUAGCGCAACAGCGUUUGUUCCACUACCUUCAACCGCUAGGUCUGUCUCUAUGAGAGAUAUGGGCACUGAAAUGACUCCAAUUGCGAGCCAAGAGCCUUCCAGGACAGGAACGCCCGUGAGAGCCACGACUCCUACUCGAAGUCCAACUUCUUCUCGGCCAUCAACUCCUGGAGCAGCUCCAAGAUCCUCUCUCAUCAACCAUCCAAGUGAUCUUCUGGAUCCUCAGGGAAAGGAGUUGUUUGAGAAGGAAUUACAGAUGAAAACUCGGAGGGAAAUCAUGGCUCUAGGAACUAAACUUGGUAAGAUGAAUAUCGCCGCCUGGGCUAGCAAUGAGGAUGAUGAUAAAAAUGAACCCACUUUGCAAAAUGCUGCUGGGGCAGAACAAUCCUCGAGUGUUGUCAAUACUCGAGCAGCAGCUUGGGAGGAGGCAGAGAAUGCCAAAGACAUGGCCAGAUUCCAGAGAGAAGAAAUCAAGAUACAAGCAUGGGAAAAUCAUCAGAUAGCUAAGGCAGAGGCUGAGAUGAGGAAAACUGAGGUGAAGGUGGAACGGAUGAGGGCGAGAGCCCAAGAUCAGUUAAUGAACAAGCUAGCAUCGGUGAGGCACAAAGCUGAAGAGAAACGAGCUGCAGCUGAGGCUAGGAUGAAUGAUCAUGCUUCAAAAUCGGAGAAGCAAGCAGAACAUAUACGACAAACAGGAAAUGUGCCGUCCUCAUGUUGCUGCUUCCAUUGGUGAUUUUAUGUAGUUUCUGCUUAAAUUACCCAAUUACUUGACAUGGUUGGAACAAAAAUGGUAAUCUAUACAUGCAUUGCAUUAUUAUAGUGAGAGGUAUUCAUGUAAUAUUGUUCAGUAUAUUGCUCUCUUCUAUUAUCUCUGUACAUCUUUUGGUUCAGUUGAUCCAAUGAUUUGAAAUUAAGACUUGCAACAUUUUCUCUUCCUAAAA